CGGCGCAAUGUCUGAAAAAAACACAUCCAAGAUUAUUCAUCCCCGCAACAAAGGAAAGCGUCCCACUCCCGGCUCAUCUUCGCAAGCAUCGCAUCCCUUGACCCCUUCGGAGUCCCCUGUUCCGCAGGUCCAUGUCACUGGUCCCAAUAUAUCCUCUGAUCACGACAACACUCGCCGCAAUCAGUUCAGAGUGCCAGCAGGACCUUCUUAUCUUGAGCCUGCAGUGGCCGCUCAGCUUGUACCUUCCGGUGCUCGCCGCAGUGAUCCAAAGGAAUCAGCGUCUUCCACGGGCCGCAGAUCAAGGAAGAUCAGGGGAAAUUUUUCUCCCAAUCGUAGCAAGCCGAGCACUCCCGAUCUUGUUGAACAGUCGAGACCAUCCACACCCUUCCUCCAGCCAUCCGCUGAUAAUACAGUGCUAUCAUCUCAUCUCACCCCUACCGGCAAUAUUGAUGAUCUCCUCGAGGCGCCUGGGGCCCAUGCCAUGCCCAGCAGUUAUCACGCACAGUUGGAUUAGUGAUCGAAAAAAAGUAAUCGUUGGCGGCAUAACACUAGUUCUACAAACUGCAGCCGAAGCUCUUAAGUUGGCCCCGGUUCCGGGUCUUGACGCAAUUCCGAAUUUACUUCUGACGUGGCUCCAGGUUUACGAGACUGUCGGUGGAAACGACGAUGAUCUCAAAGGAUUGGAUGAGGACAUCCAAAGAGCUUAUGUGACCAUUCUGCAGCCGCUCGAGCUGUUGACGGACCAGAUCCCUCGCGAGGUGGUUCAGUUGAUCAAAAGAUUUCACUUGGCCCUGAAAAAGCAGAUAAACGAGAUGGAGUUGCUCAAAAGUCAAAAUCGGGUGAAGAGGAUGUUCUUAGCGCGUGAAAUUGCCAAGAGGAUAAACGGUGUGAAGGCGUGUAUAAAUGAUGCCCUUAAUUCGUUUGCGACGCAAGCAACUACUUUAACGCUUCUUCGCACAAUUGAAGCAUCGGUGCAAUCUUUCAGCAAAGCUUGAGCAGCUUCCACGAGUUGCGGCCGAGCAAACUUACGUGAAGAACAAGUCAGAGUGUCUUCCGAGCACACGAGUUCAAAUACAAACAUCCCUUCUCAAUCAUCUGAAGGGGGCUGGAAACCGAUUCGUAUGGCUCCGUGGGUCUCCUGGAACCGGGAAGACCGCGGUAUCUAUGAGCAUCGCAUCGAUACUUGAGAAGGAAGGUACUCUUGCAGCCUCCUUCUUUUGGGACAAAAAUCAAAAGGGGACGGGCCUCGAUUCUCUGGAGAAAUUCCCUUCUACACU